AUGAAAUUCUCGUCUCUCGUCGUUUUUGGUCUUGGUGUUUUCGUCGCUUCAUGUGCUGCAGCAUGUGAUUGUAAAGCCAGCGACCAGUCUUGUUUAGACCAAUGUGUCAUUGCAGCCAAUGAAUGUAUUGUCGGUUGUAGAGAUCAAGGUGUUGAUUGUCAUGAAGCGUGUAUUGCAAACAACUGGCCCGCUAUGCACGCCAUGCCAAAAGAUGUCUUGGCUGAAGCUACAGGAUCGAGCACAGGAUCCGCUGCUGGCCCCACGCCUACGGGAGGUGAAGAAGGUAAAAUGGUGCCUACUGCUGCUCCGACAGGCUCCGUAUUGACCGCCUCUAUGUCUGGCGCCAAGUCCAUGAGCGGUGGUUCUUCAGGUAGUUCUAGACCUUCUGCUACGGGUAGCAUGAGCGGCGGUGGUAUGACUAAACCCACGACGGGUGUAGGUAGUGGCACCAAGCUGGACAAUGCCAAUCCUUCUUCUGAUGCUUGCUCUCACACUCCAGCUCUUCUCGGCUGGUCUGUUGCUAUGAUGGCUUUCGUUGGAAGUACAGCCUGGAUGCUUUAG